AUGGCGUCCUCUCUUGCUGCGCAGUUAGCGCAGAUCGCCGCCAACUCCAAGGCUUCCUUGGAUAUCAAGGCGCAAAAGGCCGCCCACUCCAAGUCUCUGAUCUUCGAGCCGAGAGUUGCUGCGACCCAGAGCUACCAGACUCUUUUUACCAUAUGCUCCGAGGGCUUCGAGGAGCUUUGCGAACUCGAUGGCCGCUUCAAGCCCUUUUCCAAGACGCUCUUCAGCGAGCAGAGCAUGAGUGAAGACCGUACUCAGAUGACCACCGCUGAGAAUGCCGAAUUGGACAAGAAAGUCGAGUCCUUCCUGCGCCUUGUCGGCAGCCGCUUGAGGCUCAUGCCUUCGAUCCGUGCCCUUGAGUGGCUCGUACGGAGAUUCAGAAUUCACGAGAACAACACCAAGUCUCUCAUAACGACUUUCCUCCCGUAUCACUCGAUCCCCGCCUUCGUCACCCUGCUUUCGAUUCUCCCGCCCAAGAUUCCUCAUGAGUACCGAUUCUUGAGCCCUUACAUCAAGUCGCUCACCUCGCCUCCGCGAUCCGUUCUGGUCCACGAAGCGAUCCACAAGGCCGACUUCCUCAACACCCUGUCCGAAUACGCUCUCGAGGCGUGCAGAAAUCAACAACAGUACCCGACUCUGGUCUCAUUCUGGGGUGGAAUUAUGACAGAGGCCGUGAACGGACUUCUCGAGAACAUGCGGUCCGGUCGCGCCGCUGUACAGCAGGACAACAAUGAAGCUUUUCUGCACCGCGUCGGGCCUACCCUCGCCGAGGCAAUGUCGAUGAAGAAGGUUCCCAACAUGCAAAUCGCCUCCUACAUGGCCGUCACCAUCGUUGCGGCCAAGGGCAGCUUCGACGACGCAACCCUCUCGGCUUUCAUGGAGCAGAUCGUUCACGGCUGGACCAGCGAGACUGUGCGCCCCGGGCUUGUCUGCUUGUGCAUUCUGGCGCAGUACCGCUCGGCGAAGCAACUUUCCGGAAAGGUCACCAAGGCUUUGUUGAAGGUCCAGAACCUCGGCGAGAUACUGGUCGAGCUGGGCCAGGAGAGGAGGGUCGACAAGCUCACCAACGGACUAUGCAUUGCCUUCAUCGAACGCUUGUGCAAGAAGGGCGACGCUCGCGGCCUGCCGAUUAUCCGCGCCAUCUUGAUGAGCAAGAUCUUGAAGGAGAAGCAGAUUGCUGUCAUUUUCAAGUCCCUGGUGCUGGCUGCGCACAGACUCGACGACGAGGUUGACAAGGACGGCGAAAUCCGCAAGGAGCUUGGCUCCACGUUGAUCGACCUGUCUCGCUUCUCGGGCGAGACGAGCGAGAUCAUCCGUACCGUCUUGGAGGAAGUCGACUUUGACGUCGAGGAGUUGGAAAUGAAGCUUGACGUCUCCAUCCGCCAAAGAAAGGCCCUGCCGGGCUCUCAGGAGGACGUCGAAAUGACCGAAUCCAAGACCCCUGCUCCUUCCAAGGAGGAUCUGAGAGAGACUAUCCGGGAACUCUCGACCCAGAAGCGCGCCCUCCCCUCGUGUCUUUCUACCACCACCGGCGAGGUUUACGACGAGUUCAGCAGACUCUUCCUUCGCGUCGUCUCCCAGCAGUCCGAGGACCCGACACUGCUCGCUGAUUUCGACCAGCUGCCAUCUCUGAGCCGCCAAACUGCAGUCAGCGACCACACAUACAUCACCUUCUUUGUCCGCAUCUGGUCGGGUCCUUACCCGACUCUCGCUCGCGCUGCCGCCGUAGAUGCUGUCAGGAGACGUCUGAGCGACGGUGACGGCAACGACCUCGACUUCCAGGCUCUGAUCCCCUACUGUCUUGUGGCUCUCGUUGAUUCCUCCAAGAAGGUGCGCCGUGCUGCUGCCGAGCUACUGAUCCAGAUUGGUCAUUUCUUCCCCCCUCAGUCAAAGGCCGCGAAGAAGUCUGUCUGGGGCGGUAAGAACCUAUACGACGACAGUGCCAAGGUGCAAUGGCUGGAGGCCGACACUGUCUCCCGCCUGUUGCACGGCGUAAUUCUUCCCGCUCUGGAGGAAUGCAUCAUGCACGAAGACCACAUUCGCGCAGUGCUGCACUCUACCCUCGACAGCAGCGCCAAGAACGAGGGCAGCGACGGAAAGAAGGCGCUCAGCUCAGCAGGCAGAUCGUCGGUCUUGUCAUUCUUAGCCAGCCACGUUGUUGCGACACCGCUGCUCCGGGUCAAGUCCAACCUUCUCUCUGUCCUCAACCGCAUCAGAGGAGUGUCGUCCACCUCGAGGACGAAGGUACUGCUGCCGGCGUUCCAGUGGUGGGCUUCCUUGUCUGCGGAAGAGACGAACCGUCUCUCCGAGGUCGAGGAAGUGGACCAGGCUGUGCUUCACACCAGAUUCGCCGAGAUCGUUGUGCCCAACGACAGCGAGGGGCUGGAUUGCCUCCUCUCGAUCAUCAAGGACUCUGCCUCCGCCAAGCGUCCGGAGCUGGUCCGGUCCAUCUCUGCGCGCAUCCGCGCCAUCUGGAGUUCGAUGAAGGCCGAUACCAAGUUCGACGUGGCUCAGACAAUGCUGGAACUCUCUCAGGCGCGGCACGCAUCCCAGGACGAGGAGGACAUCAUUGCCGAUGAGGCUGCCGAUUUCCUGAGGAACGUCGAGCUGACCACAGAGAUCCUCGCCUACUUCCUCGAGUCCAUCCAGACCGGUACAAAGCUCAUCACCGAGCCGCCGGCAAACAAGCGACGCAGGACCAGCUCGUCUGAGGCGAACCGCGCAGUCACCGCGCAGGCCAGUGCUGAGCUGAGUGCGACGUUGAGAUCGGUCACGUUUGUGCUCCAGCUGGUGGAUGGUUCCAACCCUGCUGCCCACCCGGAGCUCCUCGACAGUCUAUUCGGCACCCUCUCGGAGCUGCAGCACUUCCGCACCGUCAUUGGAUCCGAGCUUGGCUACCUGCAAAACCUGGUGCUGACAAGCUUGAUCGCGAUGGUCCCCGCCUAUAGGAACAACAAGAGCCUGAAGAUUGACGGCUCUGGAGGCCACGGCGACCUGCUCGUCAAUUGCAUCCAGAAGUCUUCCAGCCCGAUUGUGCAAAACUCGGCCUUGCUUCUGAUUGCCAGCCUCGCCUCUGCCGCCCCGGAUCUCGUGCUUCAUAGCGUCAUGCCCAUCUUCACUUUCAUGGGCGCCUCCGUUCUCCGCCAGAACGACGACCACUCUGCGCAUGUGGUGAACCAGACCAUCAAGGAGGUCGUCCCGCCUUUGAUGGCGUCGCUCAAGAAGGGCAAGCGAAACCCGGUCGCCGGUGCCACCGAGUUGCUUGCCAGCUUCGUCACCGCGUACGAGCACAUCCCCGCACACCGCAAGCAGGGCUUGUUCGUUGCUCUCAUCAACACCCUGGGUCCCGAUGAGUUCCUGUACGCCCUGUUGGCGAUGCUGGUCGAUAGAUACGGCCCCAACGACAGCCUGAUGGCGUUUGCCUCUGAACUCCUCGGCUUUUACAGCGCUGAGGUGCAGCUCCAGACCUUGGCCAGGCUCCUUGACUUGAUCAGUGACAUCUUCAAGCCCAAGCCCGGUCUUUCGGCCACUCUGCUGGGCGUCGGCGAGGACUUGGCGGAGAAGAAGCCCGAGACCACUGCCCUGCAGCAGCUGACUGUCUUCCCCUCUCUCCUUUCCAGCAGGAAGCUCCGGAAGGAGAUCACCGUCCUUACAGAGAGGGACGAUAUGGACUCAUCCAAGAUCCGGGACCUGUACGCCAUUCUUCUCAGGGAUGUCCUGGCCCUCGCCGAGACCGUCAAGAAUCAGAAGGCGUUACACGAGUGCUGCGGCAAUGCCCUGGCCAACCUGCUCAACCUACUGUCUAUUGGCGAGUUCAUCAAGUCGGUCGAGAACCUGUUGGACCAUACCGAAAUCGAUCUCCGCCGCAAGGUUCUGCGGGCACUCGAGGUUCGCGUGGACCAGGAGGGCGUCGCAGAUGUUGCCUCGAGGACGGCGCUGCUCGCUUUCCUGCCGCAGCUGACAGCCGCGAUCCGGGACACGGACGACAUCAAGUACAAGCACACCGCUGUUGCCUGCAUCGACAAGAUUGCGGAGAAGUACGGCAAGAAGGAUGUCGAGGCCGUGGCAGGCGCCGCGGCGACCAUCGCCGGGCCUCACUGCCUCGGCCAGCCCGACACCCGCUUGCGCGUCAUGGCCCUGCUCUGCCUUGCCUCUCUCGUUGAUGUCCUGCAAGAUGGCAUCCUGCCUAUCGUCAAUAUUGCCAUUUCCCAGGCGAUUCUCUAUAUCGAACAGAGCGUGGAGGAGGAGAAGGCCGCGAACGAGCUGCACAACGCCGGCUACGCGUUCAUCACCGCCCUGGCGCAGCACCUGCCUUACAUGAUCUCCGCGAAGCACCUGGACAACAUCUUCCUCGCUUCCAACAAGUCCGCUGAGGCCAACCUGGACAACGAGGCCGACGACGAGCGCCUCAACUGCCUGAGAUUCCUUGCUAGGAAGGUCGAAGCCAAGACCCUGCUGGCCAGUCUGGAGAGGAACUGGAUUCCGGCCACUGAGACUGGUUUCGACGCAACUGACGAAUGGGUUGACAUCUUUGGCGUUGUGGUCGAGAGUCACACCAAGUCCGUCGUCACAAAGAACGUUACUGCCCUGUCGACGAUUCUCCUCAACUCGCUGGACCUCCGGAGACGCGAGCACGCAAAGGAGAAGCUUGGCAACACGGCGUCUCAGCGCGUGUCCAAGAUCGAGGCGUCAAUCAACGAAGUCGCCCUCAAGAUGAUCUACAAGCUCAAUGAUGCGGCUUUCCGGCCCAUCUUUACGCACAUCGUCGAGUGGUCCACGCAGCUCCCCAAGCAAGAUGUCGCCGGACGCGCGCUGCGCCGUUUCAGCGUCUACGGGUUCUUGCAGAUGUUCUUCGAGAGCCUCAAAUCGAUCGUCACCAACUACGCAACCUACAUUGUGGACGACGCCGUCGAAAUCAUCAAGACGUGCGACUUCAAGCUGCCGGAGCAGAAGGAGCUGUGGCGGCGCGUCCUGUCGACUCUGGCAAGGUGCUUUGAGCACGACCAGGACGAUUUCUGGCAAGCGCCCGCGCAUUUCAGCAAGGCCGCGCCGGUUCUCACCGCGCAGUUCCUCAACGCCUCUUCCGUUGACCUGUCGGCCGAGCUAAUCCCCGCCGUCGUCGAAUUGGCGUCUGCGGCAGACUCCCAGGAGCACCAAAAGGAGCUCAACAGCACGAUCCUCCGCCACCUGCGGUCUGAGCAGGCGUCGGUACGUCUGGCGGCCGUCAAGUGCCAGCAGGAGCUCGCCGAGAAGCUUGGCGAGGAAUGGCUGUCGGCGCUGCCUGAGAUGUUGCCUUACAUCAGCGAGCUCCAGGACGACGACGACGAGGUGGUCGAGCGCGAGACGCACCGGUGGAUCGUCAAGAUCGAGGGUGUCCUUGGCGAAAGCCUGGACUCCAUGUUGCAGUAA